CAGUAUGACAUGCAGAUGAGUGCCGUCGAUCUUAGAAUCACCGCGCACUUCACUCAUUUGGGCAGUCACGGGGCCAAAACCAGAGUGUGGAGCCACAGUGUGGCGGUGGAGGCAGCAGCAAUGGAAUUCCAUACAGCACCCUAUGAAAAAAUGGAACCCACCAGCAGUGUGAGGAGACCUGAAAGUGGCACAUGGCAGAGUGUGGCGAUGGAGACAGCAGCAAUGGGAGGCCGUACAGGGACCCAUGACACACUCUGGACCUGGCAGCAGCAUGAGGAGGCGGUACAGGGGCCCAUGGCAGAUUACGGGCCUGGCAGCAGCAAUGGGAGGCCCGUAAUCUGCCAGCACCCUAUGACAAAAUGGAACCCACCAGCAGUGUGAGGAGACCUGAAAGUGGCACAUGGCAGAGUGUGUGGCGAUGGAGACAGCAGCAAUGGGAGACCGUACAGGGACCCAUGACACACUCUGGACCUGGCAGCAGCAUGA